CCGUGCCCUUUUCUGCUUAUCACAAGCGGGAGCGGAAGCUCAGCGGCGAGGCCGCCUUUCUUAGAUGAGCAGCUGCAGGCGCUGUUUCUGCCUAGUACGCUGACUCCGUUGUGAUUCAUGGAGCAGGGAACCAGCCCGGAAAAAGAGCCCUUGUUGCCGCCUCCGCUGCCAGGGGCUGCUGAGCGUCACCGGCUUUACUCGGGCACGGACCGCGGAGACCUGGAGGAUGAUGGACACUGCUGCGUGUCCGCGGCCUCCUCGCCUCGUUCUGGCGGACCUGUCAUUGAUGACCCUGAACUCUACUUCAACCAAGCUGUAGUAUUCAUUGAAGAUGCAAUUCAGUAUCGCUCUAUAAAUCAUCGUGUGGACUCUAACUCCUUGUGGCUUUAUCGGUGGUAUUAUUCAGAAGUUUGCCAAUGGAUUUUGAUUCUCACCAUUACGCUAAUCCUGGCUCUUGCUUUCAUUGAAACUCCUUCUUCACUUACCGUCACAUCAGAUGUUCGAUAUCGCUCAGAAGCUUGGAAGCCUCCUUGUGGCCUGACUGAAAGCAUUGAGCUGCUUUGCUUCCUUAUCUUUAUAGCAGAUGUCUCUGUAAAGAGCUACUUAAUUGGAUGGGAAGAAUUUCGGAAAACCAAGUGGUUAAUGGCCUACAUCCUGGUCCUGCUCAUCUCCCUGAUAGACUGGAGCAUUUCGCUGAGUACUUCCUGUCAUGAAAACCUGAGGAUAAGACGUAUCCUUCGGCCUUUCUUCCUUCUCCAGAAUUCUUCAAUGAUGAAAAAAACACUAAAAAGCAUCAAGAGGACACUGCCAGAAAUUACAAGUGUUAUGCUGCUCUUAGCUGUUCAUCUGUUUCUCUUUACCAUGUUUGGCAUGCUGCUGUUUGCUCGGACAAAAGAUGGUCCACAGGAUAAAGAGUGGCAAGGAUAUUUUCAUAAUUUGCCAGAUUCAUUAACUUCAUUGCUGGUACUGUUGACAACUGCAAAUAAUCCAGAUGUGAUGAUUCCUGCGUAUUCUAAGAAUCGAGCAUAUUGCAUCUUCUUUGUACUCUUCACUGUAAUAGGAAAUUUAUUUCUGAUGAACUUGUUGACAGCAAUAAUAUACAAUCAGUUUCGUGGAUAUCUUUUGAAAUCGGUUCAAUCAUCGCUUUUCCGGAGACGCUUGGGGAUCCGUGCUGCCUUUGAAGUUCUUUGUUCUUUGAAAGAGACUUUGAUCAAUAAAAAUAUCUUGUGUGUCCAAUCUGAAGCUCUUCUUCAAGUCCUCCAGAAAGUAAAAAUGGAUUCCUACUGCAAAGAAGCAAUCAUUAGGAAGCUUAAAUCUUGCCCUCCAGGAGAGCUGUCAGCUACUCAGUUUCAGACACUUUUUGAUGAACUCGACAAGCAUAAAGUUAAAGAGCGUCCUCCCAAACCAGAUUAUCAGUCACCAUUCUUACAGCGAGUUCAGUUUAUCUUUGGACAUCACUACUUUGGUUAUUUAGGAAACCUUGUAGCACUAGCAAAUAUUUUCUGUGUAUGCGGAGUUAUGGUAAUAGAUGCAGAUAAGCCACCUGCCCUGCGAGAUGACUUUUUUUUAGGGGUUACAAACUGUUUCUUUAUUUUGUACUACCUUCUGGAAAUGUUGCUGAAAUUAGUGGCCUUAGGAUUAAAAAGAUAUUUAUCCUAUCCAAGCAACGUAUUUGAUGGACUUCUGACUUUGGUCCUGAUGGUUUUGGAGGUGUCCACAUUUGCUGUAUAUGGGUUUCCUCAUCCAGGCUGGAGACCUGAAAUGUUGGGAUUGCUGUCUCUAUGGGACAUGGUUCGUCUAGCAAAUAUGCUGAUUGUGUUCAGAUUUUUAAGGAUCAUCCCAAACAUUACAUUCAUGUCUUUAGUUGCCAGUACACUGCUGGAUCUAGUGAAAAACAUAAGAACCUUUGCAGGAAUUCUGGUGGUGGCUUUCUAUGCAUUUGCAAUAAUUGGCAUGGAGCUGUUUGGAGGCACCAUUACCCCCAUGCAGGGCAAUGUCAGCCUUGUAAGUAAUACAACUUUGCAGUGUGGCACGUUUGAACAACUGGAGUAUUGGCCAAACAACUUUGAUGAUUUUGCUGCAUCACUAGUGAUUUUGUGGGAUGUGAUGGUUGUGAACAACUGGCAAGUUUUCUUGGAUGCAUAUUCCAGAUAUUUAUCUCCCUGGUCAAAAUUGUACUUUGUCACCUGGUGGUUGACUUCCUCUGUCAUCUGGGUCAACCUUUUUAUAGCGUUGCUUUUAGAGAAUUUUAUUCAUAAAUGGGAUCGUCGCUGCCAUAGGCCAUCUCUCUCAGAAGUUGAAUAUCAAAUGACAGUGGAACUCCUCUUCAGGGAUGUUUUGGAAGAACCAACGGAGGAAGAACUGAUUGCAAGACUUCACCAGCAUCCACAUAUGCAUCUAUAUAGAUGACACCUAGCUGGAAGUGGCAAUCCAGCCUCAUUAUGCCUGCAUGCAGGUUUUAUAGCUAAAGAGAAGAUAACUCCUAUUUCUUUCUAGAAAGAGUGCUAAUUUGAUUUUAUUUUUGAAUGUUGCCUACAAUAGACGGUCUUUAAAGAUCACUUGGGUUCAUUUUAAACAUAUUUUUAAAUUCUAAUUUGACUUCCUUUUAAGUUGACAUGGAAUAGAUAAUUAUGGAGUAUUAAUUGCUUUUAAGAAAGGGAAAUGGAUCAGUGAUACCGCACUUUAUACUAAAUGUGGUGGAAGAUAAAUAACUAUGUCUGCCGGCCUGGUGCUAGCACUAGAGACAGUGCAAAAGGCAAACCUUCUACAGAGGCAAACUUCCUUUUUUAGUAUUUGUUGUGUGAUAUGCCAGGACAGUGCCUUAUUGUUAGAAAAGUGUUUUAGUAAAUGUCUAAAUGUUUCAAAUAUAGGAUAAAAGUUUAAAACCUAAAGGUAGGGAUUCAUAUAAAAAUUGUUAUUUUAUAUGUUCUAAUGCGGCAAGCUAUUGUAGAAAGAAGAAGAAUACAAUAAUACAAUUCCAGUUUUGGGGACUCGAAUUCAUGGCAUUAAGAUGCAUAAUGUUUUGUCUCCCUGCCCCUCUAAUCCCCUUCCUUAUCAGGAUCAGCCAAUCUGAGGCAAUCUAGACUAAGACCAAUGAGGGAAUAGAAUGGGUUACAACCCCUAUUUCUUGUUUGAGGCUCAACUUUGCCUUGUUUUACCUUUUUGGUGAAGCCUGCUCUGUGUGUGUCCUUAGUGAAAUAAGUACUGUAGAGGAAAACAGUUGAAAUAAUUGGCAGAGACUAGGUCUAUGUCUCAUACUUGGGUUCGUAGGCGAGUUUUGUAACUGUCCACAUGUAUUGUAGCAAACAUUUUGUGAGUAUUACCCAACCCAUUUUGCAAGAACAUCUAUGACACACAGAUUUUAUUCAAAUUCAACCCACUGGCCUUAAAAUUUGGGCAUCUAUGUCAAAUAAAAAUACAACAUUGUUUCAUGCCAGUAAAAACAAAAUUAUAGAAAUUAAAUCUUAGUCCUUUUAAUCAUAUCAGUAGCAAAUAUAUUUGUGUUGGCUAUGUUAUGAUUCCAUCAGGUACUAUGUAAAAUCUCUAUCUGUGUGACUCCCUGGAAUUCCCUAAAAUACAUUGACAGAUAAAAGCAGCUCUUUAUGAGGAUGAAUGCUAUAAUAAGAACAACAAAUCUAAUUGAGAUAUCUUUGGUCUGAAGAGAUGACCCACCUAGUGACGCAAUUCAGUGAAUUAUAGAGCUCCCAUUCGGUUGUUAUUUUAUUCAUUCAGGGAUGCUAAAUAGUCUUAUUCUGCUUUCUGUCUCACUUCUGAAUUUUUUCGUCAUUGCUGAAAGGGAAAUUCUUUGACAUUUGAUUAAAUAACUAUGAUCAUCUCAUAAUAGUUGCUUAAUUAAAAAUGCAUUGAAAUAUUCUCUUCCUUAGGUGACGUAGUUCUGUUCAUAAAAUAUAUGCAAUGUUUCUCAACCUCAGUACCUUGAAGAUACGUGGAAAUGCCUGAGUAAUUCUGGAAGUUAAAGUACACACAUCUUAAAGUUGAUGAGGUAGAAAAACACUGACAUAUAUAUAAAGGCCAUAUUUUACUUCACCCAAUUUUCUGGCUCCAUACAAUAUACUGAGCCAUUAAUUCAUCAGAUAGGCUGGUUCGCAUAACAGUUUGCUUCAAAUAUUGUGCAAGAGGUUAUGCACCGAGCCGUUUUUGGUAUGCUCAUAGAGUGCAAAAUCACUGGUUUUGUACAUUCCAAUAAAUGUUGAGCUCAAAACAGCUCAGUUUCCAGAAGCCUCAAAACAGUUUUUGAGUGCUCAUUAUGAGGACGUUUGUGAAAUUUUAUGCUUGAAAUGGUUCAAAAUGAAAUCUGUGGCAUAUAAGGGAAAACUCUUAGUCCUCCGGAAAUUGAACAUUUCUCUUUUGGACCAUGCUGAUUUAGUCAUUUCAGGGAUGCUCCAGUGAUUUUUUCCUAAAGUUAAUUCUCUGAACUGGAAUGAGUUUGUGGUUUUCCAAACAUGAUCCUGUCCUGUUUUAUGCAGAAUGCCACAAACAUUCUGAAAAAUGGAACAUGGAACAUUUUGGAAAAGUGCUGAAUAUUACAUUUUGCAAUGGUAGAAUUUUUUUAUAUCCCUAUUAGACUAUAAUGUGAUUGCUAAUUUUUAGUUUAUUAUGUCCUACAAACACAUAUCAGUUUUGUAUUUUUGACCUAAAUAAAAGAGGAGGGAAUAGUUAAAAAGUAGCUGUAUUUAUCUUUAAGGAUUUCUUUCUCCCAAGUAAUUUUUCCUUUAAAAUGCAAAGGUGGUUUUAGAUUUGCAGAGAAUGUGCCAAUGUAUCUAGAUGGAUUUUGUUUAUUUUGAGAAAUGUUAAAUUGAGACCAAAUAUAGCAGCUACUAUAUUUUUUAAAAAAAAGAUUUAGUUAUUCUCUACUUGCCUUAAUUAAGAAUUAAUUAAUAAUAAGAUAAGUAAAUAUUAAAGUAGAAAGACAAUGUGUUCCAUGUCACACAGAGUAUGGAAGCUGAGAGACUGGUAUACCACCCUUGCAUGUAGGAAAAUAUUUAUGCAUUAUAAAAAUAAAAACAUUAAUUUAACAGUUAUUAUUGAUCAAUAGGCAUUUCAUUUGCUAUGAUCUGGGUUUCUGAUAUGCAUUCCUUUGGAUAGCAUGAGGUUUAUUUUCUUCAUCGUUAAAACUCCCAUUUUCAAAAGAAAAUCCUUUCUUAACUAUAUUACAUAUGGAUUACAUUUUGAAUUACCCUUCCUUAAACAUUCUUUUAUACAAACAAAGUUAAGGAAGAGUAACUAUGCUGUAGCCUUUCUCUGAAAUAUUAAAUCUGUUUUUUGCUUCCAUCCUUCUGAGGUUGGUAAAAUGAGGACCCAGAUUGCUGGGGGCAAUAUGCUGACUCUGUAAACCUCUUAGAGGGGGCUGGAAAACAUUGUGAAGCGGUAUAUAAAUCUGAGUGCUAUUGCUAUUUAUAUCAAAAGAAUGUUUGGCAUUCUUUUAAGCCCAGAAUUUUCAUAGCUUACUUUAAGGGUGAGGACCUUUUGAUAUUCCAGCUGAUACUGAUGGUAGCACCUUUCAUUAUUGGCUGUAUUUCUAAGGCCAUUGAAGCAAGAGGACAACAUUCCUCUGUCCCUGGCUUGUUUUGGUUUGAUUUAUUUUUUGGUCAUCAGUAACAACUAUUAUGAAGAACAUGAUUCUUUAUGUAACAUUUUGUUAAUUUUAAGCUUAAGAAAAAUGAGCAUUUUUCUGUACUCAGGAUAGCAGGUAUAACUUCCAAACAUUCUUCAUGCUACCUUUUUCUUCUAGUGGUGCAAUUUGGGCAAUUCAGUGCUCUAGGUUUACCAGUGCAAUAUAAUUUUGAAUUUCUCAUGCUCUGAGAACAUAUGGAGAAACCACUAAAGUUGUUUGCAUAUUGUGAAGUUUUAUGUAUUAACUUAAAAAAAGGAAAUUGUAAAAUGUAAUCUAUGUGAGUCCUUUUUUAAGAGCACAGAUGUUAGCAUAUGUAAUUAAAAUAUUUUUGAAACA